GCAUUUAAAUUCGACAAAAAGCGUCCUAUUUAUUUCGCGUUGUAUUGCGGAAGUAAAUUUGAUCAUGCACAUUAGGCUACUGGGUGACACGAGACUAGAAAACAUGGCUUGUAAUGUGGACUUAUUCCAGUGUUAUUAAUCCUACAAAAGUUUAGGCGGAUAUUCAACAGCGAGACCACUGAUGCUCUGACCCUCAAGUACGUAGAUGAAAUGGAACUGCUAGGAACAGACGGGCACUGGGAGGACGGUAACAUAUCCGGAAUGGAUGUUGUAGGUGACAGGUUUCUGGUGGCCGCAGAUUAUAAGAAAAAGUGUAUGCGAUGUUUUGAUAUGGAUAGUGGGAAACAACAAGUAGAGUGGCAUGAUAGUGGAUUUCUACCUAGGGAUAUAACGACAAUACCUGGUAAUCGCGUGGCAGUGACUUCAGCUCAGGAAGUAUGGUUUCUACGUGUGACUGAAAAUGGUGACUUGCUGUUGGAAAAUAAAAUAAAUGUUAAAGAAGAUUGCUAUGGAAUAGCAUCCAGUGGUAACAACUUGAUUGUUGGUCGCGACCAUGAAGUACACAUGCUGGAUAUGAAGGGAAAAGUGAUAAAGGAGUUUAAGAAGGACGGUGACGGUAAGAGUCUGUUCGAUUGGCCUACUUCCGUGGCAGUAAGCUCUGACCACAGCACCAUAUACAUCACUGACAAGGUAAACUACACGGUAACUGCCCUCACCCAGGAUGGCUGUGUUCUCGGUGUUGUAGAUAUAGAAGUACUUUUACCUUUCGAAUCAGGUAUAACUGUGGACUCUGCAGGUCGAGUUUACGUGUGUGGUUUCGACAAUGUUUUUCUGGUGUCCAUUGAGACAGGCACCGUCACGCCGCUGCUGGGGAUUACGGACGGUAUAAGGCAUCCAAUAUGUGUGGCGGUCUGUGAUAAAACACAGUGUCUGUACGUGUCAUCACUGGACAGCAAUGUAAUUCAAGUGUUCGAAAUGCACAACACACUACGGCGUAAAAUAUAAGGUAAUAUGAGACUUAGACGUUGCAAAAAGUGUUUCUAUUUAAAAAAAAUACAAAGAAUAAAUCAAGUUAUAAUGAUUGUUGUCCUUUACAUCAUAUGCAAAUAAACUUUUACUUGUAAAAAAUCAUUUAACUUUAAAAAAAAAACAUUCGAGUGCAAUGACGUGGGAAAGGAGCACCAUGUGAAUAAACCAUACAACUUAUAUAAAAAUGUUAAUAGCAAUGUAUGUGUCUGUCUUUGAACUCAAAACGAAUGUUGUAUUUGAUAUCUUUGUAUUAUGAACACCGGUGUUGUUCCUUUAAGACUUAUGCAUCUGCAUACCAAGGUAUGGGCCAAACGUUUGUGUGUUUCUACAAUAUAGUGCUUUAUUCGUGUAAUAAUAUUUUUUUGCAAAUUUAAAUGAGAUCCUUCAAAUUCUGCUCUCUUUUUGCAUAUAUAUUGUUCCGCUCGACUGUAAAAAAAGUCGGAGUAUCGUCACAGCUUUGGUAGGGACGACGAAAUAACCGUGGUCUUAUGUUUUUUAGACAAUUGCCCAGAAGCCAUUUAAGUAUCAGCUACUUUUACUAGUUCUUCAUAUAAAUUCACAUAUAUAUACAUGCUCAAUCUGGGGACCACUCGGGGAUCGGGGGGUACUUUUUAUUUCAAUACUGGAGAAAAAUAGUAAUGAAAUACGCCCGAAAUGCACCACUUCGGACUAGAGAUUGUUAAAAUUUUCUUGGGGGAGUACCCCCCCCCCCUACCAACACUUCAGACCAAAUAAAAUUCGGUUCUGAGGGAGAGGCGCAUGUCAAAUGGUUACGCCCCUAAGUUACGCCCCCUCUAACGUCGAAUCCUGGAACCGCCCAUGGGUACAUUAGUUUAUAAGUUUUCCUUCUUGGUAAAAUGAGAUAUACAGACGAGCGCUGGUAUUCGAUAGCAGCUCAUUUUAUAAACAUAAUUAACUACACGUCUGUAUAAAAGUAUAUAUGUAAACGAAUACAUAUAUGUUAUAUAUCGAUAAUACAUAUAAUAUGCGCCAUAAAAUGGUUCUCAAAUUUUUUGGAUGAAACUUUGAUAAUGAAUAUGUACAUCUGUAUAUUUUGAAUGAUGUAUGAUUGUAUACUUUUGUAUUAUUUUUAAAUGAUUGUAUUCUUCUAUAUUAUUUUGAAUGAUAACGUACUCUGUUUAUUUGGAAUGAAUAUGUUCCUCUGUAAAGUUUUGAAUGAUAGUAUACUUCUGUAUACUGCUCUAAAAUUGUGAUAAAUGAUAAUACACAUCUGUAUAAUUUGAACGAUAAUAUACUUAUCUAUAAUGAUGUAUGAUAAUAAACAUAUGUAUACUGUUGUAUGAUAAUGUACAUCUGUAUACUGUUGUAUGAUAAUGUACAUCUGUAUACUGUUUAUGAUAAUGUAUAUAUGUAUACUGUUGUUUGAUAAUGUUUAUUUGCAUACUGUUGUAUGAUAAUGCACAUAAUGUGCAUUUGUAUGAUAAUGUGCAUUUGUAUAAUAGUGUAUGAUAAUGUGCAUCUUUAUACUUUUGUAUGAUAAUAAAGAUAUGUAUAAUGUUGUAUAACAAUGUUAUUUAGUAUACAAUCAUGUAUCAUAAUUACGUACAUAUGUAUAUGUAAGAGUAUGCAUGUAUGCUAUGUGUGUAUGAU